AUGGAGGAGUUGUGUGAGUCGGAUGUGAUGUGGCCGGACGGAGACGAGCGGCGGCCGUGCGACGCGCAUAAAGCUUGCAGCAGCUCGUCGCGCGCUCGGACUCGGACGACGUCCGCGCCGGUGGCUAUCCCGAGGGCCAGGGGCGCGCCAGUGGUCGACGAGGAGCGGGAGACGGAGCUGGUGCCGCCGCAUGUCCUGGCGUCCCGCGGUAGGACGGUAGGGAAGGCGGCCUUCUCGCUGUGCACGGGGCAGGGGAGGACGCUCAAGGGCCGGGAUCUGAGCCACGUCCGGAACUCCGUGCUCCGGAUGACCGGCUUCCUCGAGGGAUGA